UAGAUAGAAUACGGUAUUUAUGAUCAGUUUAAUAUAAGUAAUUAAUCGGGAAGAAAUAUAAGCUUAAUCACCAAAUCUAUGUCACCAAAUUUCUUAACGAUUUUCUGUAUUUACAGGCGAAUGAACAGUUGAAUCAAAUUGAUAUAUCUUUAUGAAUUAUAUUGUUAUUUUUGCUGUUAUUGUUAUCAAUCAGAUAAAAGGUGUCGUCCUGUGUUUUAAAAAAUUAUUUCUGAAGUCGUCCUCUACGAACGAAGUUUUUUGCCAAGGUACGCUUCCUUCAUUUACAUCUAUAUUUUUCUAUAUUUUGUAGCUUGUUUCGAUGACAUAUUGCUACCAACUCGAUUUAUUGCACGGAUACUGUCUGCUUGUAUUUCUCUCCAUGUUCCUGGCACAACGUCCCCCUGUAGUUCUUGGUCAACCAGCGUUGGGGGCACAUAUCGGGUUUUUGGCGUAUUUUGAAAAUCUGUUUUUGCUAAAUAAUUGUGUAAUGCAAUACAUGCUUUCGUUAUUGUCACACUAUUUUUUUGGAUUGGCUUCAAUUGUACGACUCUCCAGCGGACUGACAAGAUUCCAAAAGCAUUUUCAGAAAUUCGACGUGCUUGUGAAUGUCUAUAGUUAUAGACCUUUUUUUCAUCAGAUAAUUCUGAGCCUGAAAAUUAAUUUUGGAGAUUCUGAAUUUUUAGGCUACAUCCUUUUAGGAUAUAAAUGUUUCUGGAAGAGUGUAUUUCUCGUUUGGGACGAUGGAAACUUAAAAGCUAAAUCAAUGAAAAUCUGAUUGGCGAGAGCACUUCAUAUAAAACAAACAACUGACAAUGAUAUAAAAUGUUUUGGAUACCAUGUUUGAAAUUAUUUCUUGGAUAGGGGCGCAUCAUAUUUUCCUUGAGUUGAAAUGCUUCAUCACAAACAAAAACGUAUGGGGAUAUCUGUUCUGAACCUGGCAGCGCACUGGGUGCUGGAAGGUCCAAUGUCCCUGCGUUCAGUCUCUUUCCAAAUACUGAAUUUGCAAGGACGCCUCCGUCGCUCUGCCUGCCGUAAACACCAAUAUCUACCAUCACGAAUGAGUAUGUGGCAUCAACUACAGCUAGAAGUACUAUGGAGUUGAACCCUUUGUAGUUGUAAUAGUCACUUCCUGCAUUUCCCGGUGCCUUUAUUGCAAUGUGCUUUCCAUCUAUGGCUCCUAGGCAAUGAGGAUAAUUCCAAUAUUUCCAGAAAUCUUUUGCAAUCUCUUUCCAUUUUUGCUCAUCAGGAACGCUUUCCUAAUUCGCUUGAGAGUGUAUCCCAAAUUGUGUGGCAUGUGUGGUAAAUGAUUUGAUUUACUGUCGAUUUACUGUAUCGACCUGUGAUGGCUAGGUUUUGCUGUGCAUCUCCAUGAGCAAGGUAUCGUAAAGUGAGUACCAGUCUUUCAUCGGCUGAUGUAGGAAACCUGUGAUUUUUUCCGAACGUUAACUUUUCCUUCAAUCUUCUAAGCAGAUCGUUAUAUCGUUCUUUUGACAUUCUGAAAAAUUGAAAAUGCUUUUCUUCGUCCAUCGAUCGCAAAUCAUUGACUAGGAUCGCGUAUUCACCGCGCACGUUUCUCAAAGAAUUCAGCGGCCGAAUAUACGACCGUGUUUUUUUGUUCCUUUUCUUUCUUCGCCGAGCAAGUAGGAAGGGCAAGUAGGGCAUGUCCGGAAACUAUGAACCGAAAAAGCUUAUGACAUAUCGUUUCAAGCUUCCCAUUUGGCCAUGCGGAAAACGUACGCGCUUACGCUUUUGGCAUAUGCAAGAUGAAAAGGUGUACGCUUCAAAGCUAACCCUUGUGCGGAGUUUAGCGUACGCUAAUAAGUUCAAAACUAUGAACCAGGCUUAAGAAUCCAUUCAAGCCAGUUUUUCGACGUGAGGUUUGCAUCUGAUUUCCAGUUGAAUCUUUCAGCCCCAAGAUGUAACUUAAUGCAACAUUGAAAAAAGAAUCCCAAGUUGCCUGGCUUCCAAUUCUAAGAGAAGACUUGAAACCUUUGGCUAGCGGAUUCCUUGAAUUAAGCAUCAAAGAUUCUAAUGAAUUUUAUGGUUGCUUUAGCUCCCGAAACUGCUUAAGCUUUAGAUGGGUUGCACAGUACUCGAUGGCAUCAGCUAUACUAGAACUGAAUGUUUGUGCUGCUAUGUUAACUUUCAAUUUUUCAUUUCAGCCACUCAAUGUGUGCUGCUUUAAACUUAUUGCUUAAUCUGAAACCCCUUUUUCUCCUGGAGUUUAUGUAACUCAUUAAUGUACUGCCACCUGAUCUUCUGGCCUUCAUUGUCAACCAAUAAACCAUACUCUCUUCAAAGUGUUUCUGACAAGUUUAAGCACGUGACAGAUAUCCAGAAGCACAAAUAUACUCUGAGUAUUAUCAUAAGGGUGUUAAAAGCUGACUUUAUGGUCAUCAGUAUCUAACUUUGCACUCAACUCUGAAAUCAUUGAAAAAUGGCAUGAAGGUCCAUCGCGUGUCACAGUUACUACCUUUGCCCCUGUUUUCCAUAUUCUCUGUAACAGACAUUGAUAAGAUUGGCCUGCUCUGCACCACUUAAGCCAUCAAUGAAAGUAGGCUAAGGGUAUAUUUUCCAUGCUCCGUUGACGGAAACUGCAAUAAAAACAAGGACUUCUUUUGCAACAGAAGAUGAGUCAUUGCUCUCAUUGCCACACCCCGAAUCCACAUAACUGCUGAACUUACUGCCAUCUCAGGCAAUGUGUUUUCUUAUUGACAUCUUAUCCAGCAUCAAGCUUAAUACAACUUUUUCAUUUGAUGACUCAACUUUACGUUUGAUAGCUAAAAAAGAUGGCUUAGUGAAACCUGCUUCUGGAGGAAUCUUACUGGACCAUCUGCGUAUUUGAGCUUGAUGUGGAAGAGCAUAGUUAAAUGGCCUUCUAAAAAACACGGAAGCCUUUGCAGAAUAGAGCUGUAGAUUAAAGGCAAACGAUUUAAUUUCAGGAGAAUAUUUAACUCAUUUUCCUGUUUUUUCUGAGAUGUUAAUCGUUUCAUCAUUUCCAGAGGAAUCCCUGCUAAAGAGUGUUGGAGUGGUUCAAGCAAGCUUCAGAAAUCAUAACCUUUUUCUUGAGAUCUUUGACAACUGAUUUAAGGGAUAUGACUUUUGUUAUGAACAUUUAAGCUUCUUCUUAGCCAGCUUAAAAUCAUUGAGACUUCUAUCGAGCUUUUUUUAAGAGAACUUUGACCUUUUUAUUGGAGGAGAAACUGAAACACCAUCUUUUAAGUCAAGCGGAGAAUUCCCAUGAGCAUUACUGUCAAUGCUGCCACUUUCAGGUAAUGUUCUUUUCAUAGGUGGUCAGCGCUCCUUGGAAACCUUAAAAGAAUUGUUUUUUGUUUUUUGUGAAUCUUGCAACUAAAAAUAUGAAAAAAAUGAUUUUGAUCUGAAGAGUAAAAAUUGUCAUUUCACUAGAGUCUGUGUAUUCUAACAUAGGUUGGACUGAAAGAUAACUACUGUUUGAAAAUGCCAAAGAAGUAAUAAUGACGAUCAUAAUAACAAAAAUAACAAUCUCAUACAACUCCAUACAGCUGAGAAUGUGAUGAAAUUAAUUAUUGAAAGACCCAGCACUAGUUCAAAAACAGUCUAUUUUUUUUUAUAAUUGAUCAUAGACAAACUUUUAGAUCCUUUAAUAUUGCGAGGACAACUUUAAUUCCUACCCAUGACAACAAAUUGUUUUAUACUUUGAGCAACCACUUCAAACCAAUUUUUCACUUCAAGAACAAACAUCUCAACUAUUGGGGGCCAAUUUCCUUCUUGGAGGAGGGGGAGGGCUAAAAAAUUCCUACAAAUUUCAAAAAACAUGUUCUUCUUGAGGGUUACAGUCAUCUGCCUCAGGAAACUCAUGUUUACUAGCUUAUAUUCCAAUGUAAAUGUAUCUAUCUCAUAAAGUAGUGAAUACUAGUUUACAUUAUAAAAAUUUAAGUAAGUCUAUUCUGUUACAAAAAUCAUGAUUAAUACAUUAUCCAAGCUAUGAAGUUUUUUUUAUAUACUUUUUUUAAAUGUGGUGGAAAUUUCUUGAAUCUUAUUGGUGCUGCAUGUUCACAGACCUGAACAAUGUUGCAAGUUCUGUUGAGAUCUUUCCCGCGGAAGUGAUCUGAACAUAUCAGCGAGUGUGAAGACAGUGUCCAAUCUACUCGGUGCAUGCCGUUGAGCCAUCUCUUCUUUCUUUCACGGUCUCGAAGAAACCUGAAAUUAAGUUUUGCAUAUUUGAAUAAAUCGGUAUAAACACUUUCGGUUCUUAAAUCUUCAAUGAGACUUGAUGGCUAGGCUCCCAGAAGGCAUGACAAAUAGAAAUAUAAACGAAUUAAGGACAGUCUCCGUAUUUGGCAAAAAACUUAACAUCUCUGGAGACCUUAACAUAAUAACGAUGAUAAACAGUAGCAUUUUAUCCAGCUUUCAUAAAUAAGAAAUAUUUGAAGCAUGUUCAAAGAUAGGGUUUGGGUUUGUCUGUUGUGCUAAGUAUAGGUGAUGUUUCUUCAUCAAUAACGGCCAAAGAUUCAUGUAGAAAAUCUCUCCCAAUAACAAUGUCAUCUGAAAGACCGUCUACAACUGAAGUGCUGCGCAAAUAAGAAUUAUGCCCAAGAAGCAAUGGGAAAGUAACAGUCCCUGGAACACUAAUAAUACUAAACUAUUACAAGUGCAAAGAAAAAACGGUUUUACACAGCAUAAAUAUAAGCAUGAUGAUGUAAUGAUGGUGACGAUGUUAAAAAUGCUUAUGAGGAUGACAAAGGUAGCGACGAUGUUGAUGAUGGCAAUAAAGAUUGAAAUGAUUGUGGUAUAGGUGGAGAUGGAAUACUAGAUGGAAAGAAGCUCUGGGUUAGGCCAAGGUUUGUUUCUACGGAAGAAUAUAAAGUAGGUACAUCGAAUUAUGACCUUUGGUAAACCAAGAUAGAUGUAGGGACGAAGAGAAUUUCAACACCAAGAUCGUCUAGCACAUCUGUAAAAGUAGAACAUGAUUGCCCAAAUAUGUCAAGAGAACUAAUCAAGAGGUUAACAAAUUUAACGGACUGUUUGUACGAACUUCUAAGAGUUUUUAAAAGAGAUUUUACUUAUCUUUUUGCGAUAACUUUUAACAUUAAGAUGUGUCUGUAAGUUCAAUGAUAUAAAUGAUUUUCCUUGAAGCAAUCAAUAGCAUAUCAGGUCGCAAAGAAUCACCUGUUAUAAUUGAUGGGGUAUAAUGAGAUGGAAGAUUAGCAUAUAAAAAUGUGUUGGAAAGAUGCUGUAUGUUUGUGACCAGAAAGUUUACCGUUUCUGGAAGGAGGCCAAAAGAACAUGUGGAGGUUAGCAGGAGUAUUAUAGUGGCUUGUGAUGAUAGAUGUUUUAAAAUCGGUGUAAAGGCUAGAUAUAAGAAGCUUUAUGUUGUCAGUUUUGCAGUCCUAAUACUUCCACCGUAAUUAAAGCAAGCCGGGCGCAUAGAAUUUCAAUAUAAAAAUUUUCAAUCACAACAAUAAUUACUGCACUAGAGUCACCCAAAACUUUAAAAGACUGUUUUUCAACGACUUCCAACUAGAGAGGUUAGAUGGGGUUGACUGAAAAUCGUAGCUAGUUAACCAAAUCAAAGGAGUUUGUUGAGUUAAAUCAACAUUUUUAUCGUCAGUAGAAUAUUUUGAUGCGAGUUAAUAAAACAAAAAGAAACACUGUCAUUUUCUUAAUCGCAUUGUCUACCUUUUUCCAAGAAAUAUUUGACAUCUGUUUACGCUGUGCAGUCCAUUUCUGCAAGUCAAUAUCCCUAUCAAAAUUAGAUAAAUUGGGGUUUCCACCAGAGUUGUUUGAAGGAACCUUCACUGACCCCACUGGAAAGGUCCUGACCCGUUUAAAUUUGCAUGAAUGAUAACAGUGGCAUAAUGCUUUGACUGGAUUUGUGGUUUUUUUGGCUUUGAAAAUUGUUGGCUUUGAGCCUUGAAAGAUUGCAAACGACAAUUGCGUACCACAUGACCCACGCUGCCGCAAUUAUUGCAAACAGGUUGGCCAUCUAUCAUGCGUACACAGGAAAGAUGAUGAUUGUCUUAUGAGAAAAAACUUGGGCCUACCAUUUUGGUUGUUCUGAGAAGAAAAUUUUGCAUCAAUUGCUGCCAAAACAUUGUUUUGAAAAUCAAGCAGCUCACUUGAUUUCAUGUCGGCAGGAAAGUGUCGUGUAAACAGAUCAGUUUUUCAUAUCAGGGGGAAUCAGUGAUAAAAUUGCCUCCGUUGCACAAAUGCUGCACAGUGGACGCCACAGAUUGAUUUUGGUGCCAUUUUCUUUAUUUCAGCUUGUUGGUUGCAAUCAUGUCGGGGAAAAAACACUGGGAAUCCAAAAAUGUAAGCGCCAAUUAGAAUUGCUUCACUAACAGUAAAACAGAGACAACUAAAACAAGCAGAUGUGUGCGUCUUUUAAACAAUAAGAAAUAUUACAAUGCAUGAAGAAUUAAGAACCUACCAUGCGAAAGAAUGCGACAGUUUUGUGUCAGGUUUCAUGUAACGGCGAGCAAACUUCACAGAAUUUUCAUGCCGGCAUGAGUUCAUUUUGGGUCUCAUGUAAAGGGCCCCUUAGAGAUUCCUUUCUGUUUUUCAAUAUGCACAGAUUAUGUUGUUACCUUUUACUCUCUUCCUCAAUUCCAUCUGGCUUCUCAAUUUGAAAUAGUUUGGGCCAUCCUUGCUCCCCUUGACCCAACACUUAGGUGGUUGCCACCACAAGUCACUCUCCUUUAAACGCUGUAACUCCUGUGGUUUCCAAGUCUGCAGGGUUUUCUACUCAUGGUACGUGGCCCCACUCCUCUUUCUUACUUAAACUUAGAAUUUCAUUAACCCUGUGCUGCACAAAGGUUUUCCAUUCAUUGUUAUUCUGAAUCCAGUACAAGGCGAUUUUACUGUCUAACCAAUACCUCACUGUAUCAAUAUAAUCUCUGUCUGAAUUGCUUGUCUGACUGCAUCUACCUUUGUUUAACUAAGAUUCUAGUCGACAUAAGCUCUAAUCUUGGUAUAGAGAGAUUCUUCAAUGGCGCUGCUCUUGUUUUGGCACAUAGAAUUUUGCUAUAUACCCCUUUUGUGGAUUCAAUAACAAGACAAACCACUGCACAAUAUGAUUUUUGGCUCGCAUCACCAAACCUGUGCAGGGUGUUUUCAAGAUUUAAACUUCAACUCCUGCUAAAAUAUUUCUUGGCACUGAAACGUGACUAGCUUCUUGCAAAUCUUGUAUCCAUGCUUUCCAUCUAGAAAAUUUUUCUACAGGGAGAGGAUCAUCCCAGCCAUAGUUGUCUAUGCAUAACUCUUGAAAAAGGAUUUUUGCUGUUACAAAAAGUGAACUUAUUAACCGCUGUUGGUCAAACAACGAAGCUACACUCCUGGCAAAAAAUAGCUGAGCCAUAUGAACGAAAACGGAAUUUGCGUGCUAUAUCUUCAUAUAAUGUGCGCUGGUGACCUGAGCCCCUUUCCCCGUGGUCCAUGUUGUUUAGGAUGGUUACAGAAUAAGUGGGGAUUACAACAUUAGUUACCAAUCCAAUCACAACAUUGAUUCAGGGGGAAAGGGGGUGGGUGAUUUGUAAGUAGCUUCUUUUUUGCAAUUGUCUCAGCAUUUUUUGCCAAGAUUGUAGUGCCUUUAAGAUUCCCCUCUUGGUUGCAGCAUAGUUUGUCUUUUCCACCUUCUCAAAGUUAAUUUGAAUAGUGUCAGUUUUAGCAUCCCAAGGAAUACCCAAUACUUUUGUCUUUAAUAAUGGAAUAAAAGUGUUUUCCCAUAAAGAGUCCUUUUUCACUUGAAAAAUUCUGCAGUCCACAUUUGUCCAAACCACAAAAUCUGCCCAUGAAACUCAAGCUGCUGCCAUUUCUCCUUGUACUUGAUGCCAAUAUUCAUGUCUUCUAUUAAGCUCGUUUUUCGCUGUAAGGUAAAAGCUUUUGAGUUCACUUUUACCUUUCAGCUCAGCUUGAAUCAUCUCAUCAAGACUGGAAUUUCUGUAUGCCCAUGGAAAUUUGAUUUGUAUGCCCAUGGACAAAAUUCCUUUUGUGUUUGUAUCCUCCUCAUAAAUGAUCCCAUCUGGGCUACACCCCAAAUAUCUACAAGGAAACAGGAAAAGACCAGCUGACUUAACUUUGUUUCCUGAUGGCUCUUUGUAUUUUUCAGUUGCUACCUUCUCAAGCAUUUUGCCCCACAUAAUCAAGUCUUUAGUGCCCAAUUGAUAUUCUACUCUCAAUUUCUUUAAUAAGUAGGGGGGAUGGGAUUGCCUCCUGUCAUUCUCCUCUGACAUGCCUGAAUAACGUGACCAAAAUUACUGCCAGUUAAUCCGGUUUUGAAACCCAUGAAUUGGGUAAGUCAGUUUUUGACAUCUCUUUUUUAUUGGUAUAUAUUGCUGCAGCUGCCAUAUGCCUACAUAUCCAAUUUCCCCUAGGGCAUUCACAGCCACCCCCCCCCCUUUGACAAUUCCUCCAUUUCUAUCUAACGUAAGCUUCACACUGUAACUCUUAUCCUUCAUGGAAGCUCUGACUUUAGCCAUAAUAGCAUAGUCUAUAACUCUCAAGUCCAAUACAAAAUCAGCCUUGUAUUUAAGUCCUCCUUUAUUUACUGUGUUGGUAUAUUCCAAAUAAAUCUGACAGAAAAAUCUGACAAUGCCAAAAAUUUACCAGUAGAAAGAUCUUUAUUACAAACUAUUAAUUCACAAGAUCAAAGAGAACCGAAAAAAGCAGUACAGCAAGCAACCAAGAACAUCCUAUCAUUAAAAAGAUUAGAUUAGAUUUGAUAGCUGUCAAAAUCAAAGGUAUAAUAGGCAAUUUAGAUACCUUCGACUUAGAAGAAAUUCUCUUUGCACCCUUCAGAACCAAAGGAAUUCGGCAACAGUCCAACAAAGGGUCAGGAAAACCAUGCAUAACAUGAAGAAAUAUAACUGCAGAGAGGUAAACACAAAUCGUAGACAGCUGACAAGAAUUGCAAAGAGAACCAAUAGAGCACUCCAGAACCAUUUUGAUUCAAGAGUUUGAACUGAAUACAAAAAUCCAAGAAUUUUCUCUGUGCAGAAGCAUAAGUUUUCUGUGUAGAAUCUGGCAGUAAAAUUUCAAAAUUCAAGAAGUCCAAAACAAAACCAAGAUAGGUUAAUUUAGUAGACGGACCCUCUGUUUUUAUGUCAGCCAACGAUACAGCUAAUAACUUUAUGUCAGACCAGCAUAGCGGUCAAAUCUUUGAUUGGCUGAGAGCUCUGUUCGCUACCAUGUUCUAAGCCAAUCAGCACACUGGAUUCUCACAACAAAAUCGCUUCGCAGCUAGAAUUAGGCUCGAUUUCGCCAUUUCAGCGUGUUUUUACCACAUUGUCUACAAAAAACAUUGCACGCCUCUACAAAGCGAAUUUCCACCUUAUUUUUUGUCCAGUUCAUCAGCAUGCGUUGCUAUUUAACCUAUAUUGGCGCCACUGUUGGAUCGCAAAGAAUAAUAUAAAAUAACACCUUGCAAAUGAUCGAUAUAUUUCGUGUCGAGAUUCAGGUAAAUUACUGUUUUUACCUCUCACCACCCAAAGCGCUUCAGACAUUUCACAUUUAGACAAAAUCAAUUAUAUACUUACCUUAAAACUAGGAAUGGUUCAUAAUCCCGUCAUAGAUGCACUCACUGUUCAGCCUUAGAUUCGGCGGUGAUCGUCUAUGUAAUUAUUACAACAGCACGAAGGCUUUCAUAUUCACCCUCGAACUCAAUAGAUGUAUCUUUCUCCUCUGGAAUCAUAAUUGAUUUCAUAAAAGUGAAAAAUUUCAGCAACAGCCCAAAGUAAUUUCAAUCAUGAUUGUCCAAAGACAAUUGACCAUUUUUACUAAUUUUAUGUGAUGAAAAUGGCAAAUACACUCACGCGGUAAGACUGGAACCUAAUAAAAUUUGAAAACGGCGGGAUAAUUUUGAGGAUGUAUUUUCGUCAAUUUUUCCUGCCGUUUUCAAAUUUUGUUAGAUUCCAGUCUUACCGUGUGAGUGUAUUCGCCAUUUUCAUCAGUUUCAUCGUUACUCCAGUAGAAGAUUGCUUGCUUAUUCUGUAAGCUAAAAGAGCGUGUGGAAGCUGUUCAUCCCAAUCGUCUUUGUCCUGGUUUACUCUUAUUCUCAACAACGCUUUUAAUAUUGCAUUAAACCUUUCACAUAGACCAUCUGUUUGAGGAUGAUAAGCUGUCGUUCUCCUUUCUCUAUUCCAAAUAACUGACACAUAGAUGCAACUAGAUGUGACUCGAAGUUUCUGCCCUGAUCUGUAAGUAAAACAGAAGGCAUACAAUGACGGCAAAGAUUUGUUCAAGAGCUCUGACGACUGUUUCUGCUUCUUGAUUAGGAAGGGCCUCAGCUUCUGCAUAUUUUGUAUAGUAGUCAAUGACUGACAUGAUGUAUUUGUUACCUGAACGUGUAGUUUUCAAAGGUCCGAUUAUAUCUACACCAAUCUUAUGAAACGGAAUGGGAACGACUUCAAUUGGCUUUAAAGGCCACCGCAGUUUGGGAACUGUUUUGUUUUUGGCACAUCGCUCGCAACUUGCACAAUAUUUCUCUACAGAUUUGAAGAAUCCAGGCCAAUAAAAUGUCCUCUGAAUGGCAUCAAAAGUCUUAGCUAUGCCCUUAUGACCAACUUGCUCGUGAGCUUCUUCCAAAAACCUAGGUGUAAUAAACUUUGGUAAUAUGAUCUGUAAUCUCUCAUCUCCAGUAUCAUCUAUCCACUUCCUGCAAAGAAGAUUAUUAUCAAUGCACAGGGAAUCAAAUACAUUGUACAAAGCAUGCAGUACAGUCGAACCAUCUUUUGGUCUUUGCUCAGGGCGAGAACCUUUCAUAACCCAACUCUUUGCUGUAGAUAACUCCGCAUCUAAAUCUUGUAAUUCUUCUAAUUCACUCGCUGAAUGUCUGGCAACCUGUAUGCUGGAAGUUGGAGCACGGGAAAGUGCAUCAGCAUGCUGCAUCAAUGAACUUGGUUGAUGCUCCACAGAGUAAUCAUAUUCCUCUAGUUUCAUUAUCCAACGCGCCAGUUUGCCAUUAGGGUGCUUCAUUCCCUUUAACCCUUUCAUGCACCCUGUUGUUGUGGAACAACAAAUUAAAACAAUAGUGCCUUUGUUUCCAUUCAAUUUUUAACCAAUCAGAAGAGGCUGCAGCAAGACUGUAUACAAUAGGCCUCCAGCUUGCUUGUUUGAAAAGGAGGCUAUUUCAAAUCGGUUUGUUGAAAACGGCGUGUUCCUGAGACCUAACUGCGAAUUUUGAAAACGAACGAAGUCACGAUAUGGCUGAUGGUACAUUAAUCUCUACUAAAUCCUUUUAUAGGAGAACUGUGAAGACAGAUAUAGUUGAGAACCAACACAUAAGAAAUCCAGUUGUUUUGGAGCCAGGAAGCAGUGAAAAAGAGAGUAGUGAUGAAGAGGAUGAAUUAGAUCUGUUUCCUUCAUCUGGAAGUGAAUACCAAAGAUCUGAAGAAGAGCUCAGUGAAUCUGAAUUAUAUAUGUCAGAAAUUGAGGCAGAUAUGUCAAAUGAGAUGUUAGGUGAGCAACAAGCCUCAGCCAAAACACAAAUUCCAGGAUCAGUCACUAUAAAUUUACAGCAGAGUUCAGUCACAUCAAAAUCAAAGGAAAAGAACAUCCAAGAAAUGAAGACGCGCUGGAGAAAAAGGACCUCACCAAAAUUUGAUGUCAAUCUCAAAGGUCAAGAACUACCACCACCUCCAAAAGAAGCAUUGAAUCCAGUUGAUUACUUGAAACAAUUUUUCAGUGAAGAUCUGAUUCAGCAUAUUGCAGAACAGACUAAUCUUUACAGUGUUCAACAAACUGGGGCCUCUAUUCAAACAAGCAACAGCAAGAUGGAACAAUACAUUGGUAUUCUAAUCAUGAUGUCAAUAAUAAAGCUUCCUCAAAUAAGAAUGUAUUGGGCAAACGAAACACGUGUUUCAUCAAUUUCUGAAGUAAUGACAGGGAAACGAUUUGAAAUUCUGAAAAAGAACUUUCACUGCAAUGAUAACACAAAGUAUGUCCCCGCUGGACAAGAAGGCCAUGAUAAGCUAUUCAAAGUGCGACCUGUUGUUGACUCAGUUCUUCAAAAAUGUCGGAGCAUUCCACAGGAGGAAAAGCAAUCUAUAGAUGAGCAAAUGAUACCAACAAAAGGUCGCACAAGUUUCAAGCCUUAUUGUCCCAAGAAGCCCCACAAAUGGGGAAUAAAAGUCUGGGCUAGAUGUGGUGUCAGUGGUUUGGUCUAUGAUUUUGAAGUUUAUAGUGGGAAAUGUUAUGACAAAGAAGAAAUGCCAGAACUGCUCAUGGCUGGAAAUGUUGUGCGUCGAUUAUGUGAUACAUUACCACAUAACAUGAAUCAUAAAAUCUAUUUUGACAAUUAUUUCAGUUCAUUGCCCCUUCUUCAACACCUAACCAAAAAGAAAAUCUGGGUUGUUGCAACUGUUAGAAAAGACAGAAUGAAAGGAGCACAACACCAUCUGCAAUCUGAGAAGGAAUUGAAAAGGAAUGGGCGCGGUUCCUCUGACAGUGUUGUGGAAGCGAAUAGUGGUAUAACUGUAGUCAGAUGGAUGGAUAAUAGGAUAGUGCAGCUGAUCUCCAAUUACAUGUCUGGGGAAGAUGGCCCUGCAGCCAGAAGAUGGUGUAAGAAGGAAAGAGGAUAUAUACAGAUUGAACGCCCACUGAUCAUCCAUGAAUAUAAUAUCCACAUGGGUGGAGUAGAUUUGUGCAAUAUGCUUUUAUCUUUGUAUAGAAUUGGCCACAGAUCGGUAAAAUAUUAUAUGCAUAUUGUCUUUCAUUGCAUUGGCAUCUCCAUUGUUAAUGCUUGGUUGUUAUACUGAAGACACUCUGGUCAAAUGGAUAUUCCAAAGAAAAAGCAACUGACACUUCUGAAAUUCCAAGCCCAAAUUGGUCAUAGCCUGGCAAAUGCAGGAAAGAUAUGUAAGCUAAAACGAGGAAGACCUUCCAAUGAUGUCUUGGAAGUACCUUGCAAACAGAGAAGACCUCCUAGUGUUGUAACACCCACAAUUGAUAUUUGCAAAGAUAAAGUUGAUCAUUUUCCAGAGUUUCAUGAGAAGCAAAAUAGAUGCAGACAUUGCAAGACAGGAUUUUCUCAUGUAAUGUGCACCAAGUGCAAAGUGUACCUUUGAUUGGUAAAGAAGCGCAAUUGUUUCGCAAACUUUCAUUGAACAUUUAAAGUUGGACUACACAUAGCCUAACUGUUAAGUUAUUGUUUUGAUUUCCAAGUGUUUGAAAGAGUUCCUGAAUACUAACAAUGAAUCUCAGCCAUUUCACUUGCAUCCUUUAUGUGGCAUAUCUUAGCUACUCUAUUCAUUCGUCAACUGUUUUUCGGGGGUAGACCAUCAGAAAAUUUGGAUGUGAUAAAAAAAUUAUGAUGAUGUCAAACUAUUUUUUCUGGUGAAUGUUGGGCUCUGACUAAUCCCCCAGUCUGCCCACUUUAAAUGAGCCUGUAUACUUAACUUAUUUUCUAGUGUUAGUAGCAAGAAAGAAAUUCUGUAUAUGUUAGUGAUUUAACUUUCAUGCAAAAUGUUGUUCAAAAACAACAAAUUCAAAUGACGUCAUCAUAUUUUUGUACUGAACAAUGUCAUAUCUAAAAAUAUCUUGUUUUUUGGCAUCCACAUUCCAAAAACAUCAAAAUGAACCAUAGUAAUAUUUUCUAUCUCAAUAAUUGAGUACUGGUGCAUGAAAGAGCUCUGUGGUCUGUAAAAACCUUAAUUUGUCUCCCAUAAAGGUAUGGAUGAAAAUAUUGCAAACUCCACACGAUAGCAAAGGCUUCUUUUUCUGUUGUGCGCCAAUUCUUUUCGGCACCUGAAAAGGCUUUUGAAGCAUAAGAGAUAACUCUUUCUGUGCCAUUUUCAUCAUUCUGCGACAGAAUGGCUCCUAUUCCGAUAUCGCUUGCAUCAGUGUAUAGUGUAUAGUUAUGGUUUGUAUCUGGAAAUCCAAGUAUAGGUGAUGUAAUUAGCUGUUCUUUUAGACUUUUUAAAGCUUCUUGACAACCUUUGUCCCAGAUAAAUUUGACGUCUUUCUGUAGUAGACGGUGUAGUAGAUGCGCCAUAUCACUAAAUCCAGAUAUGAAUCGUCGGUAAUACGAGAUCAAACCAAGGAAUCUUCUGAGCUCUGUCAAAUCAGUUGGUACUGGAUAUUCUCCAAUCGCUUUGACUUUCUUUGGAUCUGGAGAGAGACCUUCAUUUGAAUUCUGAAAUCCGAGAAAUUUUACAUUUGCGUAUCCAAAAUGACAUUUUGACGGCUUUAAUUUUAACCCAGCGUUUUUAAUGGCAUCCAAAACUUUUUUCAAAUUACUCCUAUGCUCUUCAAAAUUUCUGCCAACAAUCAGUACAAUGUUCAAAUAGACGAGACAUUUGUUCGGUAACAAACCCUCUAACACAUUUGACAUCAGCCUUUCAAACGUCCGAACAGCAUUAGCUAGUCCAAAGGCCAUUCGCUUGAAUUGAUAUAUAUCACCCCCCGAAAUUACGAAGGCAGUUUUCUCCUGGCUUGAUUUUUCCAUUGCUACUUGCCAAUAACCAGAGGCUAAGUCCAAGGUUGUUAAAUAUUUGUGACCAGAAAGUGUGUCUAUUAAAUCAUUUACCUGGGGUAGUGGGUAUGCAUCCUUUAUAGUAACCUUAUUCAAUUUCCGAAAGUCAAUACAAAACCUCCAGGUACCGUCUUUUUUCUUGACUAACACAAUAGGGCUUGCCCAGGGUGACUUACUUGGUUCAAUUACGUCAUUUUGCAGCAUUUCGGUAAUUUGUUCAUCAACUACAGGUCUUAAUGCAUGUGGUAAACGACGGGGUAGCUGUUUUAUUGGAGUAGCAUCACCUGUUUCAAUUUUGUGUUCUGUGACAGAGGUCAGACCUAAUUCGCUUAGGUUUGCUGGAAACAAUCUCUGAUAUUCUUUUAAAACAUUUGUCAUUCGUUCCCUGUCCUUUGUUUCUAAAUGUUCGAGAUUAAACAUGGUUUCACAUUCACGUUUUUGAACUUGUUACCCCCUGAAUCUAAAGCUGGAUCAUUCACUUCAACAUCAACUUGUUGCAAACAACCUACAUUUGUGCCCUUAUACAACUUUACUGCAUCGUGGCUGGGGUUUAUGAUUUGUAUCGGAACUGUUUGUUCUUUAGGCCGUACAAGCACGCUAGCAACAAUUACGCCUUUUGCGGCAAGCGCCAAAUUUGGUUCUAGCACACUUUCUGUGCUAAUUGGAUUUCGAAUACGUGCUGUUUGAAUUAUUUCAUACCUGGCUGGUAUUUCAAUGUCAUCACCUAGUAUGACAGCAAAAGGGUCUUUUAAAUAGCUUUGAAAAAAGCAAACAGCUCCCUACGUUUUGAAAGCCAAAUAAAACAGGCCAUAACAAAUUAUUCCUUCGCGGUUAACCCACGUGUUGUUUACAGUACAAAAAAGGCCCUUCCGUCCAUUCAAAAGGACUGCGUUCCUGCCACAAAAAAAAAGUUCUGUUGUGUAUGAAUUCACGUGCCAGUGUGAUUCUGGCUACGUAGGACGCACCACCCAAAGAUUGGAGGAUAGGAUAAAACAACACGUUCCAUCUAAUAUUAGAAACAAAACACAUCCCAAAAGAGAACAGCCACCUCGGUCUUGCAAAUCAAAAAUUACUAAUAAAACCUGCGAUUCUGCUAUCGGGCAGCAUUUGCUAGAAAACCCAGAUUGUGCAAAAAACUAUAAUGGUGACAUGUUUCGGAUUAUUAGUAAAGCCCGAUCGUCGUUCCACCUAGCAGUUUUAGAAUCUAUCUACAUAAGCACAAAAAAACCGCUACUGUGUAGACAAAAGGAGUUGGUUUUCACCUUAGGACUCCAUUGGUAACAUUCUAAUAGGCAAGCGGCACUGAUUGGUCAACCUUUACAGUCAUGUGCUCGUGUUUCUGAUUGGCCUAUUUCGAUCCACAACUGGGUAUAUAUAUUUCUUAGCGUAGAGUUUUCGAUCUAUGUUCUGACGUUUUAAACUCUGAAGAUUGUCAGACGAAAAGCUUUAGUUAACUAAAUGUUUGCUUUUUUCAAAGCUAUUUACAAGUUUUGUAGCACCAAAAAAAAGGGUCUUUCAAAGAUGCGUCAUAAAUUGUCAACGGUUGAUGAGUUAAAUCUGGAAAUUUCAAUAAAAGAUUGGCUGUAUGGAUGGUUACUUUAUUGUUUAUGAGCCAAUCUAAACCCAAUAUAACUUCAGAAAUUACUUCAUUUGCAACGUAAAACUCCUGAUGCGUUUUGUGUGCCUCAUUAAGCUCAAGCAAUAAGUUAACUUUACCAAGUAUGCCAAUUGGCGCAUCAUUAGAUUUCAAAGACUCCCAUACAUCUUUACUUAUCAAAUAUAUUGAGGCUCCUGUUUCAACAAUACAAAGUUUGCUUUGUCCAUUUAUUUUAGCCUCGACUAAAAGUACUUUUCUUUGAUGCAAAGGUGAAACAGCAGUUAACCUGAUUUUAUAUUCCUUCUCAAUCUUGUUUUUGUCAUUUUGACCAAAAUGUUUGCCUUGCCUCUGCCCCACAGCCUCUUUUGGUAAUUCUUGUUUUUCUUGGCAGUACCUUGAGAUAUGAUCUAUACAACCGCAAUGAAAACAUGUUGGAGGCUGACGGGGUGGGGCAUUUUGAACGUGCAACUUUUGACGUGAGCCACCAUGAAAACAAUCACGGGCAAGAUGCCCAGGUUUACUACAAAUAAAACAGGUUUUCUCAACAUUACUUCUGCGUUUAAAAUCAACAAUUGAAGGACAAUUUUUAGCCAUAUGGCCAAACCCACCACAACCAAAGCAUGUCAUUGUUGGCUGACCAGAACUUACUGCUCCUAUUGGUGCUCUAUUUUGCGUGUACCAUGCCACAUUUGUAGUUGCUUCGGCUCUCAAGGUUGCAAUCAUUGAAUUUGCGGCUUCAAACCUCUGUGCUACCAAAACUGCUUCUUCUAACGUUGUUGGUGGCUCCUGUAAGAGCUUUGUUUGUGUCGACCGAUCCCUCAUACCAAGUAUAAACUGAUCUACAAGGCGAGUAUUGUACUCCUCCCCUUGAAAGCCACAUUUAGCUCCAAAUUCACUGAGUGCAACAGUGAACGAAUCGACUGUCUCUCCCACUUCUUGAACGAAAGUUAUGUCGCUUUUCCGUCAAUGUUUGAUUCCUUUCAAAUAACGAUUUCAACUGUGUAAUCCAAGUUUCGUAGCUGUUCUCUCCUUCAGGAUAUUCAAUGGAUUCGGCUAAACGGAAAGCAUCCUCACUUAGGUUAAACAAUAAAGCAAGUCUCUGCUUUCUUUUGUCUUUUAACUCAACCGCUUCAAAAUAAAGGUUUGAAUUUUUCACAAACAGGUCAAAGUCAUCUCCAAUUUUAUAUUUUUCUGGUUGCCUGAACAACAUCAGCGAUAACCGAUUCUGUUCCGAAGAAUCUGCUGCUCCCUCUCCUUCUGUUGCCAUAGUUUGUCGAAUACAAUUUACAUACUAUUUACAAUAAACGCUCCAAUCUAGUCCUUUCGUGGUCCUGGCAGGGUCGCAAAAAUGUAACGAAGCAUGCAAGAAGGAAAGCAAAUAUAAACAAUAUUUCAGUUUCUCUUCUUCUUCAAUAUUCUCCAACUUAACUUUACAACAUCUUCUGCUACUUAUCCAACCUAUAUCUCCACUUCAACUUCCUUCUUUCUCUCUCGCUCACUAGUCACAACAACAAUAACUCUUGUUCCAGUUUCCCAAUACUCACAUCCUCACACGAAUCAGUACAGGCCUAUUUAUACCGGCCCUUGCAGCGACAACAAAUUGGGCAAUAACGAGGAAUUUUCUGCAAAAAAGCUCAAAACAGCUUCACAGUGAGCGAUACAACCACUUUGAAUACUUGAAAUGAGCGUGUUUCGACAUUAUACAACUUGAAAAGCGCAAGAGUUGAUGGUAAAUAACUAUCGGUGGUAAUUCUUUGUACUGUAUUUACUUAUGGCUGGAUUGUUGCUAAUGUGUUGCUAAGGAGAAUCGCACUGGCCAAUCACAGGCCAUUUCCGGUUUGGGAGUGUAUAUGCAAAUCUGACACCACCAUCACCUUUUUUAAAUAUGUAAAUUUUUAGCCCGUUAACCUUUGCUCUGAUGAAGCCCCGUAUGCCAGGGCAAAAUAUUAGCCUUUUCUGAUUUACGUGUUUUAUUGUUGUUUAUUCUUGGCGUAUUGCUGUGUUUCAUACUUGCUACAUUUUUAUCGACUUUCGCGGCAAGAACUCCUUGGAGCCCGUCGAGCAGCCUGCUACAGUGGCCUUUUCUUCAUUCACACAACAGAAAUAAUGUUAGUUUUUGCAUAUGUUUAAGCCAUCCCUUCCAUUGCUUGCUUUUAUCUGCUGGUAGGGGAUCAUCCCAGCCUAUCUUUUCCAUACACAACUCUUGAAAGAGGAUUUUCCCCAUUACAGUUACAGGGCUGACUAGACAAUGAGGGUCAAAGACGGAGGUCCAGGUACUUAGGAUACCCCUCUUUGUGGCUUUGUGGCUCUUAACAAUUUCCUUGCCAACCUUUCCUAAAUCAAUUUCUAGGUUAUCUCUAGUGUUAUCCCAUAUAAUACCCAAAACCUUUGGCUUGUCUCCCUCAAAAAACUACUGGGCUUCUUUGGCAAAGAAUUGUUCUUCAUUUAUUGUAGUCCCUUUCUCUCUUCCGUCACACUCUUUGUCGCCUAUUUCUUGUGCUAAUUCCUCCUUGUUUUUUUCUCCACUUUUCAGGAUAAACCCACCAUCCCUCAACCUGUCCUUAGCCUUCUCAUAAAGGGUUAAGGCCUCUUGUGUAUUGCUGCUACCAGAUACAAGGUCAUGGGCAAAGAAUCCCCCAGUAACUUAUCAACAAAGACAGGGUCCUCCUCUUUAUAUCUCUCAAUGUGAAAACCAUCUUCCCGUCCACUGUCUGUGUCUGCCAACCUUAGAACUUCUAUUGAGCACAUCUUUUCAAAUUCUCCCUUUGGGGAUAGCUUCAGGAAGAUCUUCUCUGUUCCUCCCACAGUGUCCAUGGUUCUUCCCGUCAGGAUCCAUCCAAGCAUAGUGAAUUCUGCCUGAGGUCGGCAGCAGAAUUUGAUCCAAGCACUGGAGGUUCUAUAGUCUUGAUACGUUGAAAAUCUGCAGCACCCAAGAUGAUAUGGAUUGGUAGCCUAUCUUUUUCCAUAUUUUCAUCGCCGAAAGACAAACCUCUGAAUCUGCUAUACUUUGCCUUCAAUGCCUUGAUUCUUGGGUUGGGCAAGUAUGUUAGAGUAUCCUUUUCUCCAUUGAUACACUUUAGGUCCAAGCAGAAACCAUCAACCACAUUGGACUGUACCUUGACCUUGAAGAUUUGCACUCUUCUUUUUACGGUGUCAUACAUCUGGUGCAGAUAUACAAACUUCUUGAUCCACUGUCCAUAAUAAUACGUGCUGGCAUUCCAUUUACUUUGGCCAAAAUUGUCACAUGAAGGGUAGUUGUGACAUAUAGUGCUCUCUUGCCCAUCUCAGAUUGCUGGCUCGCAUUUUCUUCUCUACUCAGUGUUGUUGCAUCGCAUAAGGAAGUGUGGUAUCGCCUAUCACACUUUCUACACCCUCCGGAUCUGCCCUUGGAAGCUGUGUGUCAAUAGCCAGUGUAAUGAAAACAGAGCCUUUUGUUCUUCACAAUCUCUUGCCUUCGAGCCAAAUCAAGUACCUUCUGACAGUCUGAACUUCUAUGAUUGUUGUAGUCGCAGUAGACACAACUGUUUUUUUCCUUUUGCUCUGUCCAUUGUGUUUGAUAUCUCUGAAUGUGAUGCCUGAGAACACAAUUAUGCAGGAACGGAGAAGCAUUACAGCUAAAACACAUUCUUCAGAAUUUAUACACCACAAUUUCAGGAUUAUCGGCACCAAUGCAAUGUUUUCUAACCAACAAAAUCAUAGGCAAUCCCCGUCCUGUGGAUGAAAUUCAAUUUCAAUAUCAGGAAGGCCUUUUCAAUAUCACCCACAAGGACAACAAGAUUUGUUCUAAAUCUCAGAAGAAAAUCGAAAAUCAUAGGUGUUACAGAUGGGCCAACAUAUACAUACAUAAGAUGAGACAUACUCCUGAUUUUCUUUCCUUGCAAGAGGCAUCAUAUACUAUUGAAACUUUAGUACUUUCAGCAUUCUCUGUUAAAACAUCAUGAUGUGAAAGAUUAUGUACUUUGUCUGCUGGCUCCAUUUCAGAAAAUGUUCAAUUAUGCCAUCUUGUACCUGUUGAAAGCUGAUGUUAUCAUAUUUCUCGAAAAUAUCAGGAUUCUGGUUCGGAUUUCUUAACCUGAUUAUUUAAACGCUUAUGGCUUAUGGCCUAUCUUCCACGGUAGGCUGACAGAAUAUCGUUUCCCUGUCAUCAAGAAAUGUCAUCCAGAACACUUUCGUGAAUCUUAUCUGGUUCUCUAAUCCCAAUGCUAUCCAGGUCCCACAGUUUAUGUAACCCUGAUUUUAGUUUAACUUAUAAAUUAUUAGACCUGGGAGCCACACAAAAAUUCACAUUGCAAAAUAUAUUAGAAUCAAGAGUCUUACCUCAGAGUGGUCCUGAAAAAACCCAGCAAAAACUGGUCUUUACAGCAACUGGCUCUUUUGGCCCCCCUCUUAUAACUUCCCCUUGUUGGAAGGGCCAAAGCCAACCAGAUCCAAUAAGACAGUCAAUUUCUAACAUGUCGUCAUUUCUAGAAACAUCUACAAACCAUACAUUGGUUAAAUGCAAGAAAUCCUUUUUACUCUUUCUUUGUGAACAUUAGGUAUAGUAGAGAUGUCCUUGACAAAAAAGGCUUCAAUUUUCACAUUCUUUACAGCACUUAAAGCACUUAAAUAAAUUUCUACAACACCUCUCAUCUCAGAUCUUUGCAUCCAAAAACUUUCAGCCCUAGUUCUUCCUUCACUGGCUUUAAACCAAGUUGUCUCACAGCCCCAGCAGUGACAGACAAUUUAUGUGACAGACAAUUUAUGGCUUCCUGUAUCAAACAAUACUAUCACAGUGCACUCCUUAUUACCAUUAAUCACUGCUAAAGCUAUUUACAAUGCCACUUUUCCCUCAAAGGACUCAGUACUUCCAGGCCAAGAGGCCGCACGGGCUGUUAUGGCUGCACUGCGCAAGAUACACAAGGGCUUAGCUAAAUAUAAACAUGAUGGCCUGACUUCUUACACCUAUCAUGAACUUACAACCUACAACCUACAAUUAAUGCAUGGUCUACAUCUAAAUGACCUACCACCUGAUUUUAAGCAAGAAAAACAUUUAGCAUGACGUAAAAAAAUAUUCUUAUGCUCACUAAUGUCCUUUACUUCAUUACAUUUCUCAGCAUCAUGUAAUUUAUAACAAAAAGUGCGGCUUGCAUCCUCUUUUUUUCUUUCCGCCAAAAAUGUUGAGGCUGACUCUUCUGUCUGCCUAGGCCGAUUCUGCAAGGUCUGCGGCUCAGGCUAGUUGCUAGUUGUAGAAUCGACAUGUGUCCUUCUAAAACCUGUAGCUCUUUCUCCAACGCAGCAAUUAAUUCGUCCAGAAGCCAGUCCAUAUGAUUCUUGUUAAACCUAAUCAUGUUGUUUCUCAGAGAUUCAGGGAUUUUGGACAUCAACACUGGCACAACAACACUGGAAUAGGACUGUUUGUCAACACCUUGAGCCUCUAUCACUCUAAAGUGAGCCUCGGUUUCAUCCAGUGGUGUAGCUAGCGGUCAUACUUGUCAUGCCGGGCAUGACCAUCCAUUUCCAGAGACAACAUUUUUCAAAAAAAAAUUUCUAUUCCUAUUUUUCUGAUGUAAUAGCUCAGGCUAUUCGUCUUUGGUGCCCUAUGGCUUGACACAAGAAUAUGGAGCCAUCAACUUUUUCAAACAAGCCAUUAGCUUUUUUGAGCAAUUUAAUACGUUUCUGUGUCAAGUCAAGUCGUAUUUUAAAUUUUUUGGAGGCUUUUCUUGCUUUGUAUACUUGAGUGCGGUGACGCCAAGUUCCAAAACGGACGAUAAUUUGAUGGUAACUUUUACCGGUGACCGGAUCUUCUGUCACAGAGCCAAUACGGUGGGCUCGGUCUAUUGACAUAUCAGGGAUAUUCAGCUUCAAUUCGUUUUUAAAGAUAUCUUUAAUCUUCUCGAAGCAUUCCUGGCCAGACUCUCCACCAGACUCAAUUCAACACCAUUAAUUCUUAAACACAGCCUCCUGUGAUAUGACUCGUUUUCAUCGGUUCUAAGCACAAGUUUCUUGAUUCUUUCACUUGCUGCGUCAAUUUCACAAUUAUUUUUAGACGCUCGUUUCUCUAAACCCACGAUCCGCUGUUCGUACUUCUCUAUUAGAACCACUUUGGCCUCCAGCAUUUCGAUCUUCAAACGCUGUUGGUUAAUAAUGUCUUUCAAAUCUGUUACAUCAUCUUUAGUGGCCAAACUAGCCAAUUUGCUGUCCAGAAUUUCUGAAAUUGCCUUAAGCAUUUGCUUAUUGGAUUUCUCUACCGGAUCCUUCAACUCCUCGACAGGGCCUAAGCGUUUUUCGGUACGGCCUGCAUGUUUCUCAUUAGAAUGCGUUUUCCUUGACAUUUUCUCUGCUCGGCGUGUUAGCAUUUCAUCUCGGCCAUUCCAACCCUAUAUGACAUUCCUUUUUUAAAGUUUAUUGAGCGCCACUGUCCCCACUGCAACUGGAGUUUCUCACAGCUGCGUGUAGCACGUCAUCCUCCCCCGUUCUCAGAGUUUAACAAUAAUCAAUUGUUACUAGUUGAACAUUUGCAGAGAAUCUUCUUGAUUUAAUGGAUGCCAAAUCUUGGUGCUUUUCACUGUUGAUGGAUGGAGGAGAUAGCAGUGUUAUUUUCCAAACCAACAGAUUUGAGAGCUUAAACCUUCCAGACAUUUAGCAGCAUAUUCAGAAACUGUUAAGCCCUUUAAAAGCAUUGUUACCAUAUUAUGAUUAGGACAAUGAGGUUGUAGUUAAUGAAUUGGGAAUGCCAAAAGUUGCUUAAGGUUAUUCUUCAAUUUUUUACUUAUUAUCACAUGCAAUAACCCUCUUUUUACACACAAUUAAAGUCAAUCUCAAGCUCUACUGACAUCACUUUUAAAUAAAAUGUUUAAAUAAAAUGACCAGAGACAAGUCAAGCAUGUUACUGAUCUUGUUAGUUAAACAUUUGUAUUUCUUUAUUAUAACUUCUCAUGUAUUUGAAAAUUUACAAGUACAAAUUAUUUCAUUUAAAACCCUUGUUUGCUAGAUUUGGUAAGGACAAUCCAAUCAUGUAGAUAUUUACCAAAAAUAUAUGUGGAAACAUCAAUGUUUUUGUUAAGCUAAACUUAUUUUGCAAGGUAUUUUUCUCUUAAGUUUAACUUUGCAGAAAACAUUUUGCGACCAGGCCUAUCCAUUAUUUUAGCUUCCUAUAUUUCAUAUCAAUAUAUACCUUGCAUAUUUAUUUGUCCAUUUGUUUUAUUCAUCUAUCAGUUCUAUUGGGGUUGUUAGUUAAUCAUGAUGGCUAUAAAAUAGCUUUAAUAGAUUGAUAAUAAGACUAUUUGUGGAAAAGAUGACCAAAAAGCUCCCAUUCAAUUUCAUGUGAUUUAUUGUUUCAUUUACAAUUUUUAGCUUAUCUCUAAACUUUACCAAUGUAUUUCAGCCUACAAAUUGGAAGAAAUUAGGAGAACAACAAAAUUUUUAGUUUAAGCUAAGUUUAUCUACUAUAAUAAACUAAAGUUUUUUAAUGUCUUUUAAUGUUUUAAUGUGACAGCUAUAAGACACAAAGCUCAUUUCAUGGUGUAACAAGAUGAUAAGAAAAGCUCAUUCCGAAGGUUCAUCAAAAUUUUUUUAUAAGUUACAAGACUGAAAAUUAAAAUUUCCAAAAGGAACUUAUCAACUCAAAAAUUGGGCGUGGCAGAAUAUGGCCACACCCAUAUUUUUUCAAAUUUGCAGAGAGGGCAUGACCACUGCUAUUUGGCUAGCUAUGCCACUGGUUUCAUCAUGAGAGGAUCAAAGGAGUUGAACAUUUCUCUCGCUGAACACUGCUGCGAUACUAAUCAAUUCAAUUCAUUAUUCGUAUGACAUCUGCCCGUAUGAGAAUAUGUUUCUAAUCAAAGCAACUGCCUCAUCACAAUCAGCUUCUGCAAGUAAGAAACCUUUUGUAGCACUUCUUGCAGGCCCUUCCAAAUAGCUACGAAGAUUGUGUACAGAACUGCAAAAACUGUCCCAAAAUUCUGGCCAGUCCUCAAUUUUACCUUCAAAUAUUUUCAUUUCAAGUUAAAGCAGUUUCACUUUUUGCGCUGACGUGUAGGGUUGUCCAUUUUCGGUGGCCAAAAGGUUCAAACUUUCUUUCAAUGCACUUUUGUUGGAACUCACUGAUUCUCUCGAUGCCAUUAAUUUUGUCGUUGAGGCUUGUGAUCGUCUUUAAGAAAGCACAUAAUUUUCUUUCUUCCAACGUCAAAAUGUUGUAGGCAUCUUUUUCGUUAUACUCUGAGGAUUUUUCGGCUUCUCUGCCGCAGGUGCCUUCAUCCCCAUGCUCGAUCGUAAGGGCAAAAAUUUCCUCAUCAGGACUCUUCCUCAUCAAAUAUUUCCUCAUCAAAACCGUUGCUUUCUCUUUCAAAUCUGUUUCAAACAAGCGUAAUCUUCUCAAAUCGAUAUCAUCAGGCUCUUUAUCGCUUUCAACAUGUAUCUUGUUGAGCAACUUUGUUGCGACUCCGCGGUGAUAUUUCCUAGUUUUCUUCCGUUUCUCCAGCUCUUCCAUCUUCAACUGUAACACAUGCGAUUUUACUCUAACCUCCGUUCGGUGGACCAUAAUGUCUUGACUUGUACUGAUUCAAAGUAUGCGCUUCAAAUCUUUGAUUGGUUAAUACAGUUGACACACCCCCUGAGUUCUGACCAAUCAGAUAACAAAAAAUGUAAACAAAUGCGACCAAAGGCCACUUUUAUUCAUUUUAGCGCUAUAUAUUUCAAAAACUUCAAUUGAAUCGUCUUCACAAAACGUAGGGGCAAAUUUUUGUUGUGAACUUUCUCUAUAUUCUAAAUAAGAGCAUCCUAAUGAUGACAAUUGCGUUUCUACCCUAAGGUGAACGAAUAAGUUGGGAAGUGAAAUAACAUACUCGAAAACAUUUAUCCAAAAAAAUCUACGCAAACAACUUCUUUCGAAAGUCCCUUUUUGUUGAUUGAUCAGCUUGGUUUUUUUCAUUAACUAGGCCAAGUUUUUAUCGCAAGCAUUUGUAGCUAACUCGUCUGUCAACAUAAGCACUAAAGCAUUUGAUGAUAUACAGCUUGAUGUUUCUGUUUCAUUCCAAAUCCGUCCAUUAUUCAAUGACAAAGUAAGUUUGUAGCAUGGAAAAGUUAUUUUUUUCGCCUGUUCUUAUUUCUGCCGACUGGGAUUCUGACGUGAUUGCUAACUGGUGCGAAAAAUCUUGUCAAGUGAGAUGUUAAGUUCACAUAAAGGAGGGAAUGAUAAAAACAAAAGACGGCUUUCCUUACUACGCCCUCUUUUUGUUACCUUGUUAUAUCUCUUACUUAUGUUUGGAAUUAUAACUGUUUUUAAAUUGAUUGAAUCUUCAUAUUGAUGCAAAAGUGUGAGCCUUUUUUCUAUGAAUGGCUAUAAACGGGCUGUGAUAAGUGAAAAUUUAUCUUUUUGUCAAUGGAUUAGUUUUUGUGGGCAGCAAAGGGGUACUUGGACUAUGUUUUCUUUGUUGGAUUUUUAUUUGUAUGCUUGCAUUUUGUUCUACUGUAAAUAUAUAUGGAAGCGACCUGGACUAGGUAGUUUUGUAAAGGAAAAGUAGGAUUGAUGAAAACGAGCUAUCUCUAGGCAUAAAAAAAGUUGUUUUGUGUAAAACACUAUCUUCGUUACGGUUCGCCGGGGUCAGGGAUCAGUCCCCAUUGGAAAAUUUUCCUCUGUAUUUGCAUGUGUCUGCUAGGCAAAAUCGUCAUCUUGCAUUCAGGUUCUGUUUCAUCGCUGGAAUCAUUUCAAUCAUCUUCUUCCUCGUCUCCUUCUUUUUUGACCGACAAAGUUGGGUUUAAGAUGGCAUCAGAUGCUUUGCUCGCGAGAGAUUUCAUGGCUUUUUCAUACUCUUUGGUACAAAUAGGACAGAUAUUCGGACCUAGUUUGAUGCAUUCAUUGUGAACUGAAUGGCCGCAUCCAGUAAGAAUCACACUGCUUGCAAAUUGAUCACUUUUUUCAAAAUUAGAGGUUAAUUAUUAUAGAAAAGCAAAGGCAUGUGUUUUAUCAUAAUUAUUUCAAAAAUGAUAUACAGAUUAUAACAAUAUCAUAAUUUAUGUCAAAAUUUGAAUUGUAACACCAAACCUGUUCUGGGAAGGCUCUUUCCCGUGAAACUGAAAGCAAGCGGAAGGACUUGAGCUGACAUGACAUUCUCAUCACCAUAAACGUUGGCAUUUUCCAGUACGACAUGUUUUUAGGUUUACGUGGUGGUCUAUCAACUUGCUCUGCUUUGCCUGGAUUUUCUUUAAUUUCCUUCAGGAGAGAGACAAUAGAGAGUUUCCGAUUCACGAUGCGGUAAGGGAAGACGGCUCAUAGGGAUCUAGAAACUAGCGCGGUCAAGGGGUAUCCCACUUUGCUUGAGUCGUCUUGUUCCCGAGGAUGACUCAAAUUUUCGAUUUUUACGUAGCGAGCCUGACGCAGAACAGAAAUAAAAGGUGAGUUUUCUUCAACACUUUUGUAAUACAUCGUUAUAAACUUAGAUAAUUCAUUGACAGUUACCUGAUGAUCGCAUUAAGUGUGAAAAUUGGAGUGUAUUGAUUGUGUUUUUGCUCAGAACCUUUCUUUUCUACACACCACGGAGUGUUCAGCUCUGCCUGUCAUAAUGGCACUGAGCAUUAUAUGUUUUUCAAGUUGAAUUGUUGGUACAUAUCUAAAUUUUCAGUGCCACAAUAGACAUAUAGUAACGUUGUUUUUACAUCUUUAUUCCAGGAUACAUUUCAAUCGUUAAAAAUGGCCGCCAAUUGUGAAGAUUUACACAAAAGAACACUCAUGUUUGUAUUGAUUCCAUCAUUAAACAAAUGCAUUGAAACUUACUUAACCUGAAACCGAAAUCAAGUGGCAUUUACCGUUGAGAGACAGCAAAAUAAUGGUCAAAAGCCUGCCAGAUUUCCUGAUGUUUUGUUGAAGUUAUCAGUACAUACAAGGAGAAAGCCUGUGUAUGAUCAGUAUCUGAAUGGUCACCAACUUUGUAUUCUUGAAGUACUCUUAAAGUAAAAAGUUAACUUGCUGGAAUUACUUGCUUUUGUACUUGAUGCAUUUUUAAAUUUACAUUUUGAAUAAACUUUAUUUAAAUUGAAAUUUGUUUUAUGUUGUUUUGAGUAGAACAAGUGGUUAGUUUACCUUGCUGAAA